CCUGGUGUCCAUGGGGUCGCAAAGAAUCGGACACAACUGAGCGACUUCACUUGGUAUCAUGUGCUAACAUAAAGGAUACCGCUGGGCAUAGGAAUGGAGGGCAGUGUGUUGAGGACAUUGGCUAGGGUGUAUGGCUAGGAUGGGGCAGAGGGCUGAAGGAGCUUCUUGGAAAGAAAAUACCUGAUUUUAGGAUGGUGGUGGGUAGAAAGAGCAGGAAAGAAAGCAAGCAUCUCUUUGCCAUCAACUAAGGAGCUGCUCAUCACUGUGCUAGCAUUUUACCCACCUUUGGAAACCAGGUUUAGGAAACAGUAAGUCAGGGAAUAAUAAUAAUGUGUUCCAAGGUGUUAUAGCGCUUACUUCAUGCCAGGCGCUAUUUCCUAUGUCAGUUCCACCUAACAACUCUGUAAGAUGCGAUUCAUGCUGCUGUUCAGCCGGCAGGGGAAGCUGCGGCUGCAAAAAUGGUACCUGGCCACCUCAGACAAGGAGCGGAAGAAGAUGGUUCGGGAGCUUAUGCAGGUGGUUCUGGCUCGCAAGCCCAAGAUGUGCAGCUUCCUGGAGUGGAGGGACCUCAAAGUUGUCUACAAGAGAUACGCCAGCCUCUACUUCUGCUGUGCCAUCGAGGGCCAAGACAAUGAGCUCAUCACACUGGAGCUGAUCCACCGAUACGUGGAGCUCCUGGACAAAUACUUUGGCAGCGUUUGCGAGCUGGACAUCAUCUUCAAUUUUGAGAAGGCCUACUUCAUCUUGGAUGAGUUUCUGAUGGGGGGAGACGUCCAGGACACCUCCAAGAAGAGUGUGCUGAAGGCCAUCGAGCAGGCGGACCUACUGCAGGAGGAGGAUGAGUCGCCACGCAGUGUGCUGGAGGAGAUGGGUCUGGCAUAGCCCUCACCCUGGGGCCGAGUGGAGAUGUGGGGAUCUGGUGGAGAGGUGGGGCAUCGGUGGCCCUUUUCCUCUUGGUGGGACCCAGCUGCGCCUGCUCUGCCGCCUCACCUUUUUCUGCAGUGAGCUGUGGGCUCAGGACCCUCAAGCAUUCCCUCCUUCCACCCCCUACCUCCUGUUUCCCCUUUUCUCACUGAAGGUUUUAAGGAGCUAGGAGGCAGGAAAAUGUGACCAAGUCGGGGGUGCUAUUUGGCUUUCAUUCCCUGCCUUUGAAGAACCAGUGUCACCCCAAACUUCCCCCACCCUUAUAACUGUAAAUAUAUAAAUAUGUCAGGUUAAAGGGAAAAGGUUUUCAGGGCUCUUCUCUUCUCCCUGCCCCAUAACCUACCUCCAGCCCUCCCCGCAGCCAGCCGGGGGCGGGCGGCCUCUCUGCCUGGGAGGGGGACUUCUGUGUCUCCAGAGGGAAGUCCUUUUCCCUCAUCUGCCCCUCCCCUUCCUUCUUGGCUGCAGUGGGGCCUCUGUCCAGUGCCCGGGGAGGAACAGCAUAGUUAAUUUUUUUCUAACCUUGCUACUUUGAGGGAAGGGAGGGCUGGGGGGAGGGCAGGCUUUACGGAAGACUGGGCCCUGUCCCUCCUUCACUCUUCUUAAAUUCUGGGUGAGGCAGGAGCUAAGGGGGUGGGGUGGGGAAAGUGUCUGAUUCUUUUUCCUUCUCUCUGAAAUAAAAGGAAAAGCAUUUCUGGA